AGCGUCCAGGGGAGGGGCCUCGGUUCAGCGCUAACAGGAGAAGCUAGCUCAACGGAGCCACAUUGCCUUCUAGCAUUUUCUGUCCAAUGCAAAUACCCUAUUUUUUUGUUACCAAACCAAAGCAUAGGUCUUGUGAAAUUAAAAAAAAGCACCGCUCGCGUUUGAACGACACCAAAGUGAAGCGAUGACGGGCUCCAACGAGUACAAGUUGAACCAGGGACCAGAGGACAGCAUCUCCUCUGUCAAGUUCAGCCCCAGCACAGCCCAGUUCCUCCUGGUUUCCUCUUGGGACUGCACCGUCCGCCUCUAUGACGUCGUCGGCAACACCAUGCGGAUGAAGUACCAGCACUCGGCGCCGGUUCUUGACUGUGCUUUUUACGACCCGACACAUUCUUGGAGUGGAGGUUUAGACGCACAAUUAAAAACUCACGAUUUGAACACAGACCAAGAUACAAUAGUUGGAUCACAUGAUGCCCCCAUUCGUUGUGUGGAGUACUGCCCAGAAGUUAAUGUCAUGGUGACGGGCAGCUGGGACAGAUCGGUUCGUCUGUGGGACCCGCGGACUCCCUGCAAUGCUGGUACCUUCACACAGCCUGAAAAGGUGUACACCCUCUCUGUGGCUGGGGAUAAGAUGAUCGUGGGCACAGCCGGAAGACGAGUCCUGGUCUGGGAUUUAAGAAACAUGGGUUACGUACAGCAAAGGAGAGAGUCCAGUCUCAAGUAUCAGACCCGCUGCAUUAGAGCCUUUCCAAACAAACAGGGCUACGUCUUGAGUUCAAUCGAGGGACGUGUAGCUGUGGAGUACCUGGACCCGAGCCAGGAGUUUCAGAAGAAGAAGUAUGCCUUCAAGUGCCACAGGCUGAAGGAAGACGGAAUUGAGCAUGUUUACCCCGUCAAUGCCAUCUCAUUUCACAGUGCUCAUAACACCUUUGCCACAGGUGGCUCUGACGGCUUCGUGAACAUCUGGGACCCUUUCAACAAGAAGCGGCUGUGUCAGUUCCACCGUUACCCGACCAGCAUUGCGUCACUGGCAUUCAAUAACGACGGCACCAUGCUCGCCAUCGCCUCCUCCUACAUGCACGAGAAAGGAGAUAUCAGCCACCCGGAGGACGCCAUCUUCAUCCGCCAGGUCACAGACGCAGAGACGAAGCCCAAGUCAACCUGAGUGCACCACGGUCUUUAUCACAUUGGGUUUAUCUGCUGGCAUCCAGUGCACCACUAACUCACCGGUUCCUGUUGUUUCUUUCCAUUCCAGUACGCCUGUUAUUACUCCUCUGUUGUAAGUAAUGUUUGUUGGAAUUUCUCUUCUGUCAUGUUAAAUAUUUUAUUGUUUCUUGUCUUCCUUGUUUUUUGGCGAUUUAUAUACACCUCUUUGUCAUUUUUUCUAGUCUUUGGAUCAGUCUUUUAAUACUGAUGCUUCACUGUGUUUGACACUUGUUGUACAAUAAAUUCUCUCAAGUUUUGA